AUGGUGGAGCUUUCUUGGUUCCCUGUGUUUAAAGGUUUCUUACUGACCGGUGGGGGAAAUGAUCACAAGGAUGCUAAAAGAUGGAAUAAAACGCGUAAAUUGCGUAAAUCAAGUGGGCCAACGAUUAACAUUGAUAAUUCGAUUUCUGCGAAUGGAACUAUAAGUGGAACAAUAUGUAGCGGAACGAUCAACAGCAAAACUGUGGUUAAGAGGAGGAAUCACGAAGAAGACGAAAUCGAUGAAUUUUUUCAAAAACCAAAUGAACAACAAUCCAAUCGUUUGGCGCAUUCUUUCAUUAUCAACCCUGAUGACGAAACCUAUAUUCAAAACAAUGUAUUUACCUCUGAAGAACUUGAAGAGAUUCGUAACAUGGAAACAAAAGACCUUCCUGAGAUGCCGACUGAAUUAUUAAAGUAUCUUGGCUCUUUUCGAAAGAAGACGACAGAGGAUUUACGGAUAGUGCUUGAAGCACGACAAAACUGGGAGGAAUAUGAGUCUGAUACAUUACAACGAAAACAUUUAGAACAAUGGUAUAAUAUCCAUGUUUGGUCCUUAAUAGAUAAGUCUUUUAACGAGUUAGAAGAGGUAGUUGUUUCCAGAGGUGAAUCAUGUAGCCUUGCUUCCUCAAAGCGUAAAAAUAGUAAAAGGAUAAUUCAAGGAUUAGUCGCAACAACACGAAAAGCUCUUGGAAGAAGAGGUGAUUUAAUUCUAAGAAAAGGAAUACAUAAGUAUGGUGCUUCUGAGGUUGGUAAAGACUAUGAGGGUGACAACGGGACGAAAUUACUUAAAGAGAGAGGACUAAAAAGUCCGAAGAUGCUUAAAGAUAUGCUGGUGGACUUGGGCAAUUUCAUAAUGUGGGAAACAAAUAAGUUGCGUCAAUUGGAACUAGUUAGCUUUAUACACGCUGGGCUUUUUAUGAUUUUAUUGCGUAUGGAUGCUCCUGCUGGUUACGUUUGUAGAAUAACAAGAUCAGAUACUUUACAAUUGCCAACCAAUGUUAAAUGUUUUGAGCAAGCCCUCAAAUGUAUAGUUUUAACCUGGAAAGCCAAAGCGAUUAUCCGUAAAACAAUUGAUAUUGUUGAAGGAACAAAUGACAAUGAUAAUGAAGAUGAUGCGUUAGAGGAGUUGCAAAAGGCUGGCGUCCGUAAGUGUAAGAACGAUAAGGAUUUGACCAUAAUUUCUAACUGUAUUAAGACACCACAAAAAAAACGGACAGUGAAUACUUAG